UUGUUCUGUUUACAUGAAUUAAGGAUAAAUGGAGCUCUGCCACAGACUCUAGAAAGCAGAGAAAACGAUGAUGGGCUUACAUGGUUGUACUCUCAAACUCGCUUCAGUUCCCAAUUUCUCUUCUCCAACUUUCCUUUUCAAAACUCCAACCCUCCGUUUUCAGAAAUCUCCAUUGUCACGCCCCAUCAGAGCUCUAUCUUCCUCCGCCCUCGUCCAAACAUCUACUACCAAGGCCACUGAAGACCAAGGUGUGAAGCCUCAAUGGAAGGCCACGAUAGACUUCAAGUGGAUAAAGGAUAACAAGGAAGCUGUUGCUGCCAACUUAAAGAACCGCAACUCUGAUGCUGAUUUGAACCUCGUGCUCCACCUUUAUGACAAAAUGUUCACUCUUCAGAAGGAAGUUGAGAGGGUUCGUGGUGAAAGAAAUGCAGUGGCUAACAAGAUGAAAGGGAAACUAGAACAGUCUGAGCGUCAAAGAUUGAUUGAGGAAGGUAAGAAUUUGAAGGAGGGACUUGCUGCUUUGGAAGAAGACUUGGCGAAGCUUAAUGAUGAGCUUCAACAGGAAGCGCAGUGUAUACCAAACAUGACUCAUCCAGAUGUUCCAAUAGGAGGGGAGGAUUGUUCCACCAUAAGGAAGAUGGUUGGUAGCUCUCCCAAAUUUAGCUUUCCUGUCAAGGAUCAUCUCCAACUAGGAAAGGAGCUUGAUCUAUUUGAUUUUGAUGCAGCUGCAGAGGUCAGUGGGUCAAAGUUCUACUACCUGAAAAAUGAAGCAGUUUUGUUAGAGAUGGCUCUUGUAAAUUGGACACUCUCUGAAGUGAUGAAGAGAGGCUUUACUCCAUUAACAACGCCUGAACUUGUGCGAUCCUCUGUUGUUGAAAAAUGUGGAUUCCAACCUCGUGCAAAUAAUACCCAGAUUUAUUCCAUCGCUGACAGUGACCAAUGCCUCAUUGGCACUGCAGAGAUUCCUGUCGGUGGCCUUCAUAUGGAUUCUAUACUCUCUGAUUCAUUGUUACCUUUAAAAUAUGUGGCAUUUUCUCAUUGUUUCCGUACCGAGGCUGGUGCUGCUGGCACUGCAACAAGGGGUCUUUAUCGAGUUCACCAAUUCAGCAAGGUGGAAAUGUUUAUUUUCUGCCGCCCAGAAGAGAGUGAACAUUACCACCAAGAGCUUAUUACAAUUGAAGAAGACCUCUUCUCAUCCCUGGGAUUGCAUUUUAAAACUUUGGAUAUGGCUUCUGAAGAUUUAGGUGCACCUGCCUAUCAGAAAUUCGAUGUGGAGGCUUGGAUGCCUGGUUUAGAACGGUUUGGUGAGAUCUCAAGCGCAUCAAAUUGCACAGACUAUCAGAGCCGUCGUUUGGGAAUAAGGUAUCGUCCUGCAUCAGAAGCACAAGCCACAAGUGCAAAAAAAUCUAAAGGCAAUCUUGCCCCACCUCAGUUUGUUCAUACAUUAAAUGCAACAGCUUGUGCUGUACCACGGAUGAUUAUAUGUUUGCUUGAGAAUUACCAACAAGAAGAUGGAUCUGUCCUUAUACCUGAGCCCUUGAGGCCCUUCAUGGGUGGCCUUAGUGUCAUCGCCAGAAAAUCAUUAUGAUUGAUCACAGUAUUUGUUUCCAUUUGAAGGAUGCUGCUGCGGCAUUAGACUAUGGUGACAGAUGAGUUGAAGCAAUUUUCAUUAGGGUGAUAUUUUUACAAAUAAUAUUAAUAGCCUUUUUUUCCUUAUAAACUAUUUUUUGUAUCCUUUUUUCUUUAUGAUGCAACGUGUAUCUAAAUUUAUUUUUUUCAGUAAAAACAAUUUUUCAGUAAAAACAAUAUUCCUUGUAUAUUUUUUUUCUUUUUAAUGAAAAGAACUAGUAGUAAACUAAAA